GCAAUAAUGCAAAUCCACGGGAGUCGCGCUUCCGUUCACGUGGCAGACACCGGGAUGACCUGAUCGAAACUCAUCGUUGCUACUCCCUAAGAAAACCCUUUCUCUCUCUCUUUCGCUCCAAAACAGAGCGAAGAAUCUCAGUUUGAAACAGUGAAAAAGCAGGAUUCGAAGAUCCGAUCAUCUAAGAAGAAGUGGAUGAAAGAUGCUUCUUAUCUCUCCUUCUCCUUCCUCCUGCUCCGCUGAGUUCCGUACACUUCCUCCGUCACUCUCCUCCUUCUCCGGCGUCCUUCCGAUGGGAUUGAAAAUAAGCAGGAAGGUGACUGGAGCUGUCGAUGGUCGAGUUUUCUCCCGUAAGAUUAGGGACCGUCCGACACUUAAGGUAUAUUCUCGUCAAGCUCAAGAACCUGUGGUGGAGGAAGAAGCAUCUCCAAUGGCUGAGACCAGACAACCCUUCAUUGUUUCUCCUGGUCAGGCACUUCCUCUUGGUGUGUCGGAAGUUGGCAACGGGAUAAACUUUGCCCUGUUUUCUCAGAAUGCCACUUCUGUGACACUCUGCUUAUCACUUCCCAAGAGCAAUUUAUUUUCCAGGAGCAAGGAAGAUGCCAAUGACGAUAGCAUGAUUGAGUUCGUUUUGGAUCCCAACACAAAUAAGACCGGAGAUACUUGGCACAUGUGUGUUGAGGAGUUGCCUAGGAGCAAUGUACUGUACGGUUACCGUAUUGAUGGUCCUAGAGAAUGGAAACAAGGGCAUCGGUUUGACAGCAGCAUUGUGCUUUUAGAUCCUUAUGCAAAGCUAGUACAGGGUCGCUCUUUUUUCGGAGAUCGCAGCCAGAAGUUUGCCAAAUUUCUUGGAACUUAUGAUUUUGAGAGUUCAUCUUUCGAAUGGGGAGAUGACUACAAGUUCCCUAGCAUACCUGAGAAGGAUCUUAUUAUAUAUGAAAUGAAUGUUCGCGCAUUUACGGUUGAUGAAUCUAGUGGGUUGGAUCCGGAUGUUCGUGGCAGUUAUCUUGGUGUCAUUGAGAAGAUUCCCCACCUUUUAGAUCUGGGAAUCAAUGCAGUGGAAUUAUUGCCAGUCUUUGAGUUCGAUGAAUUGGAGCUUCAGAGGCGCCCUAACCCUAGAGAUCACAUGGUUAAUACAUGGGGUUAUUCGACAAUUAACUUCUUUUCUCCGAUGAGCCGUUAUGCGUGUGGUGGUGGAGGACCUGUUAAAGCUUCACAAGAGUUCAAAGAAAUGGUUAAAGCCUUACAUUCUGCUGGUAUAGAGGUCAUUUUGGACGUUGUUUAUAAUCAUACCAAUGAAGCAGAUGAUAAACACCCUUAUACGACUUCAUUUCGUGGCAUUGACAAUAAGGUUUAUUACAUGCUUGAUUCAAAUAGUCAAUUGCUUAACUUCUCCGGCUGUGGGAACACUCUGAACUGUAACCAUCCUAUUGUUAUGGAGCUUAUACUAAACAGCUUAAGGCACUGGGUCACGGAAUAUCAUGUGGAUGGAUUCCGUUUUGAUCUUGCUAGUGUCCUUUGCCGAGGAAUAGAUGGAUCUCCUCUCAGUGCUCCGCCUCUUAUAAGGGCAAUUGCGAAGGAUUCCAUUCUGUCAAGAUGUAAAAUAAUUGCAGAGCCUUGGGAUUGCGGGGGAUUAUAUCUCGUCGGAAGUUUUCCCAAUUGGGAUAGGUGGGCUGAAUGGAAUGGAAAGUACCGAGAUGACAUUAGAAGAUUUAUCAAGGGUGACUCUGGUGUGAAAGGAAGUUUUGCUACCCGUGUUUCCGGCUCUUCUGAUCUUUACAUGGUCAACCAGCGCAAGCCUUACCACAGUAUAAAUUUUGUGAUAGCACAUGAUGGAUUCACAUUGCGGGAUCUUGUUUCGUACAAUCUUAAGCAUAACGAGGCAAAUGGAGAAGGAGGAAACGAUGGAUGUAAUGAUAACUUUAGCUGGAACUGCGGUUUCGAAGGGGAAACCAACGAUGCUCAAAUCAAAGCUUUGCGUACUCGGCAGAUGAAGAAUUUUCAUUUGGCAUUGAUGAUAUCUCAGGGAACCCCAAUGAUGCUAAUGGGGGAUGAAUACGGGCAUACUCGUUAUGGUAACAACAACAGCUAUGGACAUGACACCGCCAUUAACAAUUUCCAAUGGGAGGAGCUUGAUGCAAAGAAGAGGAACCAUUUCAGGUUCUUCUCAGAGGUGAAUAAGUUCCGACAAUCACGCGACGUAUUCAAGCAUGAAAAUUUCCUCGGCAAAGGCGAUGUUACAUGGCAUGAAGACAACUGGGACAACCCGGAAAGCAAGUUCCUCGCAUUCACGCUUCACGGUCGCUUAGGCUCCAGCGAUAUCUACAUAGCUUUCAAUGCCCACGACUACUUCGUCAAGGCCCUGAUUCCGCCGCCACCACCUGCCAGAAAAUGGCACCGCGUGGUCGACACAAAUCUUGAGUCGCCGGACGAUUGCGUGGCGGAAGGCGUAGCCGGAGUCGGAGGAACAUAUAAUGUCGCGCCAUUCUCUUCAAUCCUUCUUGAAGCCAAAUAAGCUCGUCGUCAUGCCGAGAGGCUUUCAAAGUUAAAUAAAAAAAAUGUUAUAUAAUCGGGACCGAGUGGUACUGUCGUUCUUUUGACCGAAUGAAGACUAUGACAAGUUUUCAAUAUUA